AUUUUAUUCAUCUAUAUUUACGUAAAUGCCAUACAAUCCAAAUUCAAUAAUUCCGGAAAAAUCUGCAACAAAUAUUUAAUCAAUCUUCAGAUUCGAAAAACACGCAUUAAUUUUGAAAGUUUGUUUAUUUUGAUUGCAAAUUAAAUCCCUAAAAAUCUGCAAUAUUAUUCUUUUUCAAACGUAAUCUUCUUAAUUCUUAUUCUUAUUUAUUCAAACGUAAAUAGCAUUCAUACGGUUAUUUUCUUUUUACCAUUCUGCUCCAGACGAAUUCUGCUCCAUAGUAAUAUUUGCAAACGUAUUCUUCUUCAUUCUUCUUGAUUCUGCAACGCUUCAAAAAUUAUAAUAUCAGGUUAGUGUAUUAAAAUAUCAGCAUUACUAAUAUUUCUAACCUCUUAAUUGUCUGAUUUACCAGUUUCUAUCAUUUUUCAUUUUAUUAGUGAUGUUCUUCUUCUUCCUUUUGCUAAUUCUUCUUAAUCAUGUUCUUCUUCUACCUUUUCAGUUUAAAAGACGAAAUUAGUAAUAAAAAUGAGAACUUUAUUUUCUUUAAAAAAAACUGUUCUUCAAAGCUUUAACUAUUACAAUAUGUUUUUUUUGUUUUGCUGUUUCAUUUACUUUGAUUUGCUGUUAAUUUAAAAGGUUGCUAAUUUUCCUUACAAUUCUAUAAUGAUUAAAUUUAUUGCAGAAAAUGGAAUUCAUUCUUUCUUCGCAUGUUCCAUUCAUUUUUUUUUUAGUUCAUUCGCAUUUGAGUUGUUUGUCUCACCAAAUACGAAAUGAAUAUUAACCAUAAUCACCUUCGCAUCUUUAACCCCAAUCCAUACAACCUCAUAUACGAAACCCAAUUUUGAUUUGUAUUACCAAAUGCAAACAUUUUUGCUUUUACACGUGAACUGCAUUUGACUCCAAUAUGCGAAUAUCUUUAACCCCAAUCCAUACAACCUCAAAGCUUUAACUAUUACAAUAUGUUUUUUUUGUUUUGCUGUUUCAUUUACUUUGAUUUGCUGUUAAUUUAAAAGGUUGCUAAUUUUCCUUACAAUUCUAUAAUGAUUAAAUUUAUUGCAGAAAAUGGAAAUAGGAAAUAAGGUUUACCUAAAUAACAUUGACCAGAUAGAUGAAAAAUCGCAUAUCAAGGUUCGGGUGCUUAAAAUUUGGAACUUUGUCAGAAAUAAUAAAGUUUGUUCCAUUGAAAUGAUCAUCAUGGAUGAGGAGGUACACAAUACCAAGCUCGUGUCUUCAAUCAGAAUUUCUCCAGAUUUCGUCAUCUUUUAAAGGAAGAUGAAAGUUAUAUAGUUAUAAAAUCCCAAUAUGGCUGCUGUUACUAAUGGUUUUAGUUAUACAGGUCAUAAACAGACCUUAACUUUGGAUUGGAAAAGCAUCCUAAAAAAAUGUGAUGAUUUCUCGGGUCCGAUCAAUGGAUUUAUGUUUGUUGACUUUAAUUCUAUCAUAGAACAAACAUGCCCAAAAGACACAUUCUUUGGUCUUGGUGAAGCUAAAAGUCAUUUUGAAGUAACGAAAUUGUUCAUAAAUUCUGACAUUUAUGAAAUAAAUGAGUUUAAAAAUAAGUUGAAAUGUCAUGACAAUUUCGGUAUAACUGAAAAAAGCAUAACUACACUUCAAAGCUACUCUUCUUCAUAUACAGAUGACUUUAAGGGCAAUUUUCCAUUAAAAACAAUCUGUGAGAUCACCGAACCAAUUAAGGAAAUGAAGUUUUUAUUAGUUGCUUCCAUUGUUAAUAUAAGGCAAAAUCUACCAUGGUAUUAUGAAGCAUGCAAAAAAUGUGGAAAAAAAAUUAUCUCUGUUCCCAAAACCAAUCAUUCGUAUACCAACCCUGAGGGAAUUUCAGAAACUAUGGUUGUCGAGUGUACAAAUGCACAAUGCAAAAAAUCUGAAUUUCAGUAUAUAAUUCCAAUUAACGUACAAGAUUGUACUGGAACCAUUGGAUUGACUCUUUUUGAUAGGGAAGCAAGGAGGUUGUUAAAUAUAAGUGCCUACGAGUUGAAAAAGAUACAUGAUGCGGCCGGAGACAGUGAUGCCCUAUUUCCAAUGCAACUUAAUGUGUUGAAAAACCGCAAGUUUGGUUUUGUUGUAGAUAUUACAGAAUAUAAUGUCAACAACUAUAAUAACAUCUACACAGUUCUCAGAGUUACAGAAGAUAUGUCCAUUGUUUGUGAAUUGGAAAGUAAAAUAGAACUUAUGAGUAAUCAAUCUGUCUCCUUAAAUCAAGUUGCUUUGGAAUCCGAUGAUAUUGUACAGCCUGUUCAAAAGGAUGUGAUCUCACAAACAGACGAAAGUUUUACAACCUCAACAGUUGAUAAGUCAACCGCAACAAGUCCUUGCAAAAUAUCAGGUGAUUUGAAGCGCAACCUCCAAGAAAUUUAUGAUGUUGAUUCUGGAUAUGAUUUAAGUUCAACUAAGGCUAAAAGAAAGUCAACCGCAGAGGAAACUCCACUCUUGAUUCCAAAAAUUGAAAAGUGA